UGCAUUCAGAAGGCAGAGCCAGGGCUGUGCCGCCCUGCGGGGCAAGGGCUGGACCCCUGUCCCCGUGCCAGGCUCUGGCAGCUUCCUGCUGGUGCUGAAGACCUGGCCUCGCCACAUUGGCUCGAGCUGCCACGGCCAUCCUGCUGGGCCACCUGCUGGGGGCACCUUGAUCUCAGCCUCUGUGUGGGCUGCAGGUGACGGCUCGGGGCGCCCAGGAGCCCUCGGGUGAGGGGCAGCUGCUGUUUUCUGAAGCCCAUUCACCCUGGACGGGAAGUGGGACCUGGGGAGGGCGGGGGGAAGCCCGCUCCAGAGCCUUUGCCCUUUCUGUGGCAUUCUUUUGACCAGCUCACAGAACUCUUGGAAGUUGAGCCACUGCCCUUGCAAGCCCAUGCGAGUGGCUGGUCCGAGCCGGCUGCCCCUGCCCACUGCUGCCGUUUCCCCAGGGCUGUGUCCAGCCCUUGCUCGUGGCCACGUUGCUGCCCCCUCCGUGGGGAGCCUCCCAGCCUCUACCUGCCUGGCUGUUGUCACGUAUUAGAAGGUGAAGGGCGGCAAAGUGUGCAGAGGGCACAGACAGAGUGGAGCCCCCGCUGCCUGGUUAAGGUUCCGUGCCCUCUGCCCUCACGAGCCAAGAACGGUCACGCAGUUCACCGGGUGCUGCAGCUCACCACCUCCUCCCGCCAGUUGUGGGAUUCCAGGACCGGGGGUGCCAGUACCUUCUCCAGCCACGUGGUUUUGUGGGCUCUGAGGAGUCAUCUUUGGUGCCCGCUCCGGCCUUUUCGGUUACGUGCUGGGCUGUGGGGCCUCCUCACAGCUCUCUUCCCAGCGACUGCCAGAGCUGGGCAGGACAGCCGGCUCUCCCAUGAGGGACGCAGAGGUCCAGGGCUGUGACCGCCUGCCCUCACCCCCUGGGAAGCUGCAGUCCCCUGGUCGGGCCGGCCGGGCCUGCCGUGUCACAGCCGCGUCGCCAUCACAAACGCCCUUGCCCGUUCUCGUGGUUACGGUAGAACCCCCGCGCACACUCCGGCCCCAGUUGGUUCAAGGUUGUUGUUCUCUGCGUGGGAGUCACUCUUCUGACAACUUGCCAAGGCCAAGACCACCGUAGCAUCCAGUGCCUCGGGCCGACCCCUGGCAGGUGCCGCCCGGUGGGCCCGGGGACGGGAUGCCGCGCCGCCGUGGGCAGCGCCGAGGAAGCCGGGGCCUCUCGGAGCCGCUGCUGUGACGGGGAGCGCGCCGCGGCGUGAGGAUGUCGACGACCACGGUCGUCCCCGCGGGGAUCCCGGCGGCCCCUGGGCCCGUGAACCCGCCCCCGCCGGAGGUCUCCAACCCCGGGAAGCCGGGCCGCAAGACCAACCAGCUGCAGUACAUGCAGAACGUGGUGGUGAAGACGCUGUGGAAGCACCAGUUCGCCUGGCCCUUCUACCAGCCCGUGGACGCCGUCAAGCUCAACCUGCCCGAUUAUCAUAAAAUAAUCAAAAACCCAAUGGACAUGGGGACUAUUAAGAAGAGACUAGAAAAUAAUUAUUACUGGAGCGCAAGUGAAUGUAUGCAAGAUUUCAACACCAUGUUUACAAAUUGUUACAUUUACAACAAGCCCACAGAUGACAUAGUGCUAAUGGCCCAAGCCUUAGAGAAAAUUUUUCUGCAGAAAGUGGCCCAGAUGCCUCAGGAGGAAGUUGAAUUAUUACCCCCCGCUCCCAAGGGCAAAGGCCGGAGACCGGCUGUGGGGACCCCGAGUGCAGGGACGCAGCAGGUGCCGGCGGUGUCCUCUGCCUCCCCAGCCACCCCCUUCCAGAGCAACCCCCCCGCAGCCUCUCAGACGCCCGUCAUUGCUGCCACCCCUGUGCCAACCAUCACCACAAACGUCACGCCGGUCCCAGCUCCCCCUGCCGCCGCCCCCCCACCCCCUGCGACGCCCAUCGUCCCUGUCGUCCCGCCCACACCGCCCGUGGUCAAGAAAAAGGGCGUGAAGCGGAAAGCGGACACAACCACGCCCACGACCUCGGCCAUCACCGCCAGCCGCAGCACAUCGCCCCCACCGCUGCCAGACCCCAAGCAGGCCAAGGUGGUGGCGCGGCGCGAGAGUGGGGGCCGGCCCAUCAAGCCGCCCAAGAAGGACCUGGAAGACGGUGAGGUGCCCCAGCACGCGGGCAAGAGGGGCAAGCUCUCUGAGCACCUGCGCUACUGUGACAGCAUCCUCAAGGAAAUGCUGUCCAAGAAGCACGCCGCCUACGCGUGGCCCUUCUACAAGCCCGUGGACGCCGAGGCCCUGGAGCUGCACGACUACCACGACAUCAUCAAGCACCCCAUGGACCUCAGCACCGUCAAGAAGAAGAUGGAUGGCCGGGAGUACCCAGACGCCCAGGGCUUCGCAGCCGACAUCCGGUUAAUGUUCUCGAACUGUUACAAGUACAACCCUCCUGACCACGAGGUGGUGGCCAUGGCCAGGAAGCUGCAGGACGUAUUUGAGAUGAGGUUUGCCAAGAUGCCGGAUGAGCCCGUGGAGGCAUCUGUGCUGCCCGCUCCAGUAGCCCCAGUGGUGAGCAAGGGCACGGAGAGCAGCCGCAGCAGUGAGGAGAGCUCCUCUGACUCGGGCAGCUCAGACUCGGAGGAGGAGCGGGCCACGAGGCUGGCGGAGCUGCAGGAGCAGCUGAAGGCCGUCCACGAGCAGCUGGCCGCCCUGUCUCAGGCCCCAGUGAACAAACCAAAGAAGAAGAAAGAGAAGAAGGAGAAGGAGAAGAAAAAGAAAGACAAGGAGAAGGAGAAGCACAAAGCAAAGGCCGAGGAAGAGAAAAAGGCCAAGGUGGUCCCGCCAGCCAAGCAGGCCCCGCCGAAGAAGGCCCCCACCAAGAAGGCCAACAGCACGACGCCAGCCGGCAGGCCGCCGAGGAAGGGUGGCAAGCAGGCAUCGGCCUCCUAUGACUCAGAGGAGGAGGACGAGGGCCUGCCCAUGAGCUACGACGAGAAGCGCCAGCUCAGCCUGGACAUCAACCGGCUGCCUGGGGAGAAGCUGGGCCGCGUGGUGCACAUCAUCCAGUCCCGGGAGCCCUCACUUAGGGACUCCAACCCCGAUGAGAUCGAGAUUGACUUUGAGACUCUGAAACCCACCACUUUACGAGAACUGGAGAGAUACGUCAAGUCUUGUUUACAGAAAAAGCAAAGAAAACCAUUCUCGACAAGCGGGAAAAAGCAGGCAGCCAAGUCGAAAGAGGAGUUAGCUCAGGAAAAGAAGAAAGAGUUAGAGAAGCGGCUGCAGGAUGUCAGUGGGCAGCUGAGCAACAACAAGAAGCCUGCCAAGAAAGAGAAAUCCGGCUGCGCGCCCUCGGGAGGGCCGUCCCGGCUCAGCAGCAGCAGCUCCUCCGAGUCCGGAAGCAGCAGUUCCAGUGGCUCCAGCUCGGACAGCAGCGACUCAGAGUGAACCCUGGGCUUGGACAGAAGAGACAGGACGGGAGCCGCGCCUGCCGCCGCGCUGCAGUGUUCCCUUCUAUGGUCAAUAUACGACUUUUGCUCCACAGUGUGCAGGUUUUCUUUUUAAUUCAGUGUUACGGUAUCUUCCAGUUUUUGCUUUAAUAGGUCAAAGAUCUCUUUUGUGUGUGCAUCAGACUUCAUAAGAAGGUGUGGACUCUGCAUAAAGUCUCUUCUUCCGGCGGGAAUCUGGUCACCUGGAGGUGACCGUUGCAAUUGCUAACCUGAUAACCGUAGAAAAACAUGUAAGGCGUGAGCCGGAGGUCCUGGCAAAAUCCCUUUUCUUACGCCCAGCCUGGCCGAGGUUCCUCUAGAACGGGACUGCGUAUGCAGGCUGCGGGCUCUGGCCCUCGGCCCCAAGCUGUCACCUCUUGGCAGGGGCUGAGGACACGCACCUGCCCGCGGGGACUGGGGCUGGGCUUAGUGGGAGGGCUCUGCCUUGUGCCGGGGGUGGAGACCUGGGGUCGGGCGGUCGGGAGGGACCUUGAAGUUUUCUGAUCUUUGUGGCUUCAGGAGCUCCUGGGAGGGAGCACUGCGGCUGCGUGUGCAGUGUGCAGGUCUCCAGACACUGAAACUUUUACCUCAACUUUAAAAAAAAAUGAAAAUUAAAAAAAAAAAGAAGAAAAGAUUAAAAAAACAAAAGGAGACUUUUUUUGUAAGGUCCUGCAGUUUUCUAC